AUGACGUGUGCAAAUGCAACUGGCAAGGAGACAGUUUGCGAUUAUGAGCAACCGCUUCGAGGAAUCACCAAUCAGAAGUCCUGCCAUAAUCGCCUAAAUACAUCACAAUCAGCUUUACGAAAAAAUAAACUAGUGCAAAAUCAGACCAGCAGUAAAGCUUCUCAUCCGAACGAUCCUUUUGAUUAUUCUCCACAGCCAGCUCAAUCACACUGCUCAAUCAUGAAUCCAGUUCGCUCUCUAUUGAAGGUAACAGCGCUCGGAGCAGCAACCUUUAGCAUCACCUGCCUGUACAAGGGAAAUGAAAGGUUCUACGAAAACAUUUUCAUGCCGAUCGUUCGGCUCGCUCCGCCGGAAACUGCUCAUCAUCUGGCGGUGUUCGGCCUGAAGCUGGGAUUGAUUCGACCCGGAUAUCAAGAUCCCGGCGUUCUGCGCACCCAGCUGAUGAAUAUGGUUCUGCGCAAUCCGGUCGGUAUCGCUGCCGGUUUUGACAAACACGGCGAAGCGGUCUGUGGACUGCAUCUGCUUGGGUUCGGCUUUGUGGAGGUCGGAUCGGUUACGCCCCAGCCGCAGCCGGGAAACCCGGGACCGCGAGUGUUUCGGCUGUAUGAGGAUAAGGCGAUUGUCAAUAGAUACGGAUUUAAUAGUGAGGGCCACAAAGUGGUUUACGAGCGGCUGAAAGAAGCUCGUCAAAAGUGUGGCGAAGAUGUUGUGUUAGGAAUAAAUUUAGGAAAAAAUAAGCUUUCUAAGGAUGCGAUCCGCGAUUACGUGAAAGGAGUGAAACGAUUUAGUGGCUUAGCUGAUUAUCUCGUUAUCAAUAUAAGUAGCCCGAAUACGCCCGGUUUGAGGACUAUGCAAAACAAAAGUACGCUUUUCGUAUUGUUGAGUGAAGUCCUGAAGGUACGGAGUUCCCUGCCGCUGGCAGAACAAAGACCUAUUAUGGUGAAACUGGCACCGGACUUGUCCGAUGAAGACAUCCAGGAGAUAGUCACAGUUGUAUGCAGCAAAGCAUGUGCCGUCGACGGACUAAUCGUAUCGAAUACAACCAUCGAAAGGCCAUCUAGUCUGAAGAGCAUCAAUGCCGGCCAGCUGGGCGGCUUGAGUGGGCAGCCAUUGUUCCAAAGAUCUACCCAACUGGUGGCCAAGGUGUACAAAUGGACCGAGGGAAAGAUUCCCAUCAUCGGCGUUGGAGGGAUUUUCAGCGGUCGCGAUGCGUACAAUAAAAUUCUGGCCGGUGCCAGCGCGGUUCAACUAUAUACGGCGUUUAUUUACCAUGGACCACCGAUUGUGAUACGAGUCAAACAGGAGCUUGAGGAGCUACUGAAAGCGGACGGGUACGACAGCGUGCAGCAAGCCGUCGGCAAGGGCGUAGAUCAGAUCUUACAAAGUUGA